CCAUCGCCCGCAGCCGGCCCGCCACUCCCUCGCCGGCCCGAACAGUUGUUUACAACGGAAUCCGGGCGCCCAGAGUGAGUGGCACUGGGGGCCAGAGGGAGCGGGUCCCGGCGUCGGUGGACGGAGCGCCUUUCCUUUGCCGAGAGACCCUUUCUGCUGGGGAGUGUCUUGUGGCGCCCUGGGCCGGGCGUGUAGCUCGGAUGGAAGGUCUUUCGGGCCAGUGCGAGGAGCCUCUUACCCCGGUUCCCUUUUCGGGCGGAGCCGGAGUUGGUGAUCGUUGAAUGAAUGAGCACGCUGUAAGCAGUCGGCGCUUCCUGUAGCCCGGUAAUUACAGCUCCCGUCUGGGGGAAGCCUGUGGUGUGCCAGCUGCUGUUAGGCACAUUCUGUCGUCUCAUCGUCCCCCAAAUCGAAGAAGUAGGUAGCUGCAUUUUACAGAGGAGGAAACUGAAGUGCCCCAGCUAGUAAAGAGCCAAAAUUGGAACCCAGGAAAGUGAAUUAAACUUAAUUGAGAAUGUCCGAAAACCCUGACAAGCCCAAUAUAAAUGAAGCAGGAAAAUCAAAAUCGAAUGAUUCUGAGCAAGACCUUGAAGAUGCUGUGAAAGGUUCUGAUGCCGCUCUACAGAAAACAGUAAAGUCCAGCUCUCCCAGCGCCCAAAGAGUGCAAAGACCUCACUCUAGUCCUCCUCGAUUUGUGACAGUAGAAGAACUUCUAGAGACAGCGAAAGGAGUCACUAACAUGGCUUUAGCCCAUGAAAUUGUAGUAAAUGGAGACUUUCGGAUUAAACCAGUCGAAUUACCAGAAGACAGUUUGGAGAAGAGAGUGAAGGAGAUUGUACAUAAAGCUUUUUGGGAUUGCUUGAGUGUCCAGCUAAGUGAAGACCCCCCCACUUAUGACCAUGCCAUCAAACUUGUUGGGGAAAUCAAAGAGACUCUCUUAUCUUUCUUGCUGCCUGGUCACACUAGACUGAGAAACCAGAUAACAGAAGUCUUGGAUCUGGAUCUGAUAAAGCAAGAAGCAGAGAAUGGGGCCUUAGACAUUUCCAAGCUGGCAGAAUUCAUUAUUGGCAUGAUGGGGACCCUCUGUGCACCUGCUCGAGAUGAGGAGGUCAAGAAACUAAAGGACAUUAAGGAAAUAGUGCCUCUUUUCAGGGCAAUUUUUUCCGUGUUGGACCUCAUGAAAGUGGACAUGGCGAACUUUGCCAUCACUAGCAUUAGGCCGCAUCUCAUGCAGCAGUCUGUGGAGUACGAAAGGAAGAAGUUUCAACAGCUUUUGGAGAAGCAGCCAAAUUCCCUGGACUUUGUCACGCAGUGGCUGGAAGAAGCCGCAGAGGACCUUACAAAUCAGAAGUAUAAAAGCGCCCUGCCAGCUGGGGGAGGGGCUGCCGGCUCUGGGGACGGCCCCACGCCAAGUCCCGUGGCUGUCCAGAAUUAUGCAUACCUGAAGCUUCUGAGAUGGGACCACCUGCGGAGACCUUUCCCGGAAACCGUUUUGAUGGAUCAGGCUCGCUUCCAAGAGCUCCAGCUGCAGCUGGAGCACCUCACCGUCCUGGGAGCCGUGUUGCUGGUCACAUUCAGCAUGGCAGCCCCAGGAAUCUCCAGCCAGGCCGACUUUGCUGAGAAACUCAAGAUGAUCGUGAAGAUUCUGCUAACAGAUACACAUCUGCCCUCCUUCCAUCUGAAGGACGCCCUGACUACCAUCGGGGAGAAGGUCUGCCUGGAGGUGAGCAGCUGCCUGGCCCUGUGCGGGCUCGCCCCCUUCACCACGGAAAAGGAGGCAGUGCUCAAGGGCCAGAUCCAGGCUGUCGCCAGUCCUGACGACCCCAUCCGCAGGAUCAUGGAUUCCCGAAUCCUGAUCUUCUUAGAAAGCUACCUUGCCUCGGGUCAUCAGAAGCCACUGCCCACGGUACCUGGGGGAUUGGGUCCAGUUCAGAAAGAGCUGGAGGAAGUUGCUAUUAAAUUUGUCCGCCUGGUCAACUAUAACAAGAUGGUCUUCAGUCCCUACUACGACGCCAUCCUCAGUAAGAUCCUUGUGCGAUCCUGACGCGCCUGCGCUCUCCGGCGGCGGCGGUAUUAGCCUCUCGAUACAGAAUACCUAUUCUCGACUCUCGUGUUGCUUUGGAAAAUGGCUAUUUAGUACAUUUCUGUGUAACAGCCCUGAUUCCAAAGGGAAGAAUACUGUGUAUCACUGUUGAAAAGGGUUGUUGAAAAAGGCCCUGAAUUCCAGUUUGAAGGUUUGUAUUUAUGAGUGCAAGUUUACAAAUCAAGAAGCUUCUUGUUCUCUUACGUUUGAGGGGGCACUCCGCUUUUAAACGGUUGACAGCGCGUGUCUGCACCCGACUCUGUCCUGAUUACAGCUGCCUUGACUUUCCCGGGGGGGCUGGGGCCUCUCUUCCACCAUCUGGGUAGUUUUCCUUUCAGACGCCCAAGACGAUCUGCCAGCCACCGAGUAUGAGAGACCAAGCCAUGACCGUGUUGAGACUUUGCCCCCUGCCUGGCACCGACCCUCACUCUUCCCCCCUGCCUGGCACCAACCCUCACUCUUCCCUGCUCCUUGGCACCGACCCUCACCCCCCCUCCCCCAGCUGUUUUGUGUUGGAAGGGCUAUACCAAGGCUUAUUGCCUCCCUGUACCCCUUUGAUUGCUUUCUCCCUGCCUGGCCUAGCCAGAGCUCCAGAGCCCUUUUGUUCUAGAGGGGAGUUAAUUGAUUUUAAAAAGCUUAUUCUUUUAUACAGAAUUAUUUCUGAGCCUGGAUGAUAGCAGUUAUGACUUCUGGGAUCUAGAGAAAGGAAAUUCUUUGACUUUUAAUCUUUGAAAGUUAAGGAGGAAAUAUUUUUUUAAACCGUAUGUAUGUUGGUGUAAUUUAAAAGACACUGGAGUUUUUACUGAAAAAUUUGCUGAUACAAUACACAGAUGUAUUGAUUGGAUUUGAAUUUCAGAAAUAGAUUUAAAGUGUUUUCAGAUAAAA